AUGAGCACCCCAGAUGACCUGGCGAAAGAUGCAGAUGAUGCUUACACUGAUUUCAUGUCAUCCAAACCAACUACCACUAAUCGUCAGACAAAGCAUGAUACACUUACUGCCAACGAGGACCGCCAGUGUACUACGUCAAGAUGGCUUGUGGCUACUGCUUCCUUGAAUGCUGUAUAUGGACCAAUUUAUGUGUCUACACCAGAGAGGGACUUGAGGAACCGUUGCCUUGGUGAGCGAAUGCAAUCCCGUUUGACUCUGCUCAACACCUCGGGCAAGAUCAAAGUGCCAUUUAUUAUACAAAUCGUGGCGACCUUUGGAUUCCAGUUUGAUGGCGGUACUGUAAAUCAGAGACCGUUUCCAAGCACCGGCAUCAUCGUGUCGUGUAUAGCAUUGGGAUUGAUUCUCUUCCAAUCAGAUGUCCUUAAAGGCCCACCAGGACCAAAUGGAGGAGCCGGCGCGACCGGAGCUACUGGAGCGACAGGCCCGACCGGAGCUACUGGAGCGAUAGGAGCGACCGGAGCUGCUGGAGCGACAGGGUCAACCGGACCAACAGGCGCAACAGGACCAACAGGUGCAACCGGACCAACAGGCGCUACAGGACCAACAGGCUCAACAGGCGCAACAGGACCAACGGGAGCAACGGGACCAACAGGACCAACAGGACCAACGGGCCAAACUGGCGAUGUAGGAGCCACCGGUCCCCCCGGAUUAAGAAGUGGUGGUGGAGGUGGUGGUGGUGGAGGUGUAGAUAAAUAG